CUUAUCGCUCAGGAUAUUUUAUUUUGAUGCCCCGACCGGAAGUUCCGUUGGUGUGGCUUCCGUUAGCUUGACGCCGGUCUGCGGCGAUAACAGAGACACCGAUUCCUCUGGAAAUACCGGCCACAUUUGGCAUUUUCCAGCCGGUGAACUGCCUAAAAUGAAAGAUGAGAUGAUUUAACGGAGACUAACAGACCUACGGGGCUUGAAAAAGUCUUCGCCAUGCUCACUCGACCGCUGACGCUGCAUGAGAGUGAUGACAGGGGGCGGGGCAUGGCAGCAGUGACUCCGCCUCCUGCUCUCCCAUUGGCUGAUGGCGGUGAUGACGAGGCUCAAACAGGUGCGGCUGCCUUCCCCCUCAGCCCCGCCUCCUCGUGUAGCCCCGCCCACCUCCCACCUGUUACCACCGCCUCUUCAUCAUCGUCAUCUUCAUCAGACAGCGAGGCGUCACCCACACCUCCUCUUUCCUCUAGCCAAUCAGAACAGAGUGGGAGGAGCAGAGGAGAGGAGGGGAGGGAGGGGAGGAGAACGAAAAGGAGGAGGAAGAGCCAAAGUAUUUUUCCAGAAAACAGAGAAGAUGAUGAAGAGGAGGAGGAUGCUGGGAGAUUUGUGGGGCGGAUGGCAGUCUCCUUCAGAGGAAGAGGAGGAGCAGAGGAGGACGCGCCACUCAUGCUGCACAACUUCACCCCCAGGAAACACAGAAGAGAGGGGGGAGGAACCAGCCAAUCAGAGAAGGCCGUCGUCAGGCCGAACGGUCACAGAGUCCCGCUGCUACACAGCAUCUGCGGCUCCUCUUCACAGCGUGCCUUGCACCUCCUACAGUCAGCCCAGAGUGGUCGGACCUGCAGCCAAUCAGAAGCACUCACCGUCUCUUCAGGCCAAUGGCGUUUCUCUGACUUCACCCCUUCCUUCUCGCUCUCCUAUAAUCACAGCGCUCUCUGCCUAUGGCUCUGCUCCUCCUCCUUUAGCCCCGCCCCCAUGCUGCGGCUAUCAGCGGUUGCCGUGGAGACGAUGUCGGAGUCAGUGAGGGGUGGAGCUUGUGGGAGUCCCCUGCGGCCCCUGAAGGACUGGACGGCCCCGUCCAGUCUGAGCAGUGACCACUGUUAUGUGCGAACGCCUACAUCAAGCCCAACUUUUUCUGCCCGGCGACAGCAGAAGCAGCGGGCCAAUCACAGCUCCCGGAGCCUCCUCCUACCCCGGCGACGGGCCCUGCCCCUCCCCCCAUGUUCAGCCAAUGGACUGUCUGCUCCGCUCCCUGCCGGCCAAUCAGCGGCGGGUUCAGAGUUUGUCAGCACAAAUGGAGAGCGAGGGAAACGAGUCUCACAGAUACGAAUCCGCCGGGCGUCGCCACGGGAAACGCCGCUCACACCGAUGGGACUGCCAAAGGUCAAAAGGUUAAAGAAGAAAGAGUUCAGUCUGGAGGAGAUUUACACCAACAAGAACUACAAAUCCCCCACUACCAACAGGAGUCUGGAGACGAUCUUCGAGGAGCCAAGGGAGAAGGACGGAGCGCUGCUCCUGAUUGGCCAGCAGAGGAGGCGCAGGCUCCUUCUCUUCCCUGACUUCACUCAGCCCAGGAAGAGGAAGAGGCCGCAAGGGGCAGGACUUCCUGUUGCCACGGUGCCCAGGAAGCGGGUGGCGGCUCGGCGACAUUGCCAUGGCAACAGCCCCGGUGAUGACGACUCGGACCUGGACGUGAUGCUGGUGGAGCGACUGAGCGCGCUCGAAGACUUCCUGACUCGGCAGGGCCUGGACGUGUGAGCUGUGACAUCACUUCUUGUCAGCAGACUAAAGGCCAAAUACACAGAGCUGCUAGCAUGCCCGCUACCGCUGCGUUACCACGGUAACGCCAUCAGCAAGUUGGUCUGAUGUAGCGGGUUUUUUGCUUUUUGUUUUGCAGUGUACUUCAUGGUUUUUUGUGUAUGUUUUUGAUUUUUUACAGUGUAGGCUGUUUAAAAUGUGAAUUUUCUGAAAUAUUUAAUAUUUUUAAUAGUUUUUUUAACAGUGUGGAUGAUAUUUGCUGGAGAACAGGUGACCUGUCAGAAGGCCACGCCCACAGCGGGGCACAGGUGGCUUCAUGUUUUGUUGUUUUGUUUAGUAAAUGUAGAAAGACGUCUUCGCUGCAGUACUGCAGAGUUGGUGGGGAAGUAUUUGGAGUUUUUAAAGUGUAAUAUAUAUUUCUGCUGAAAAUUGUCUAUUUUUGGAACAAAUAAAGUUUGUUUCUGCUCACUGAA